AUGUCGUAUUCAUUGGAUAAUCAGGUAGUUCUAAUCACAGGAGGUUCCCAAGGCCUAGGCAAACAAUUUGCACGCAAAUAUUAUAGUGAUGGAAAAAAUUCAAGUAUUGUUAUAGUGAGUAGAUCAGAGAAGAAGUUGAUUUGUGCAAUUGAGGAGAUUGUUGGAGAUUCCAAAAUCCAUGGAGAACGGUUUUUAUUAAGUAAGGAAAACUGCGGUUCCGAUAAUGUUUCUCCGAACGGUAACCACAUAUAUUAUUACCCUUGUAACUUAUCCAACUAUGACAAUGUUGGUACAUUAUUCGAGCUCAUGAAUAAGAAAGGCUUAAAGCCAACACAGGCUCUCUCAUGUGCCGGAGGUUCAGUCCCUAAACUGUUCAAAGAUCUGUCCCCCGCCGAACUACAGAAUGGUAUUACCAUGAAUUACUCCACUGUUUUAAACUUAUCUCAUAAUAUCAUAAAAAAUUACAGCGACUGCCACCUAAUUCUCUUCUCAAGUGUCACUGCAUUCUUCCCAUUCAUUGGAUACAGUCAAUAUCAACCUUUGAAAGAAAGUAUUAAAGCCUUAGCAGCUAUUUUAAGACAAGAAAACUCUAAACAAAGAAUUUCAGUAGUUUACCCAGGUAACUUCCAAAGUGAGGGAUACGAACAAGAGAACCUUACAAAGCCGGAAGUGACAAAAGUGAUCGAAGGUCCUUCUGAUGCUAUUACAUGUGAAGAAUGCUGUAAUAAAAUUAUAUGGUGGUUACAGAAAGGUUAUGAUGACAUUACUACUGAUUUCAUAGGUUGGUUCUUAAUGGCGCUUGACAUGGGUUUAAACAAACAUGAUAACAAGUCGCCUUUCUGGUUCGUGCAACUAAUAAUGGGUGCUAUCCUCAACUUAUUAAUCGUUCCGAUAUACAUGGUUAUAGUACGUUAUCAAAUCAGCUCCUAUUACAAGUCCCAAAAAAGCGAGUAA